UAAAAAUAUAAAAGACAACACUAAUCGAAGUACCUGUAAAGAGUGUUUUGUGUAUGUGGUGAGAAUGGAAAUUAAAAUAGUUUUGGGUCUGAGCGUGAAAAUUUUAUAAAAUAUACUCAAAUUUAAAAUUUUUGUAAAUUUUAACAAUUUUUGGACUUGGCGUGAAUUUGUUUCAUAUGAAUCCAAUAAUUUUCUUCCUGACACGUUGUGUAAUUUACUUUUACUUGUUUAACUGCUGAGCUGCCGGUUCUUCCAGGGACAGCUGUACCUUUUUUCUUCUCUCAACUAGUGACAUGGCCGAAGAUCGUGAAUUGAUUGCAAAGUAUGGUAAGCCGAUGCCGUAUGAUAGGAAUUUCCGCGGACCGGAAUGGCGAAAUCGAAGUUGCACAGAUGUACCGUGUCUGCUGAUUUUUAUCCUAUUUUUAGGCGGAUGGGGUUUUAUUGCACAAUAUGCAGUGCGCAAUGGAGAUCUCAAUAAAUUGGUUGUGCCAACGGAUUCAUUCAAUCGUAAAUGCGGAAUCGAUUCAUCGGUAUUGGAUAAAAAGUAUUUAUUUUUUUUUGAUUUGGGAAAAUGCAUCGAUCCAGUUGUACCUCUUACGGGCUGCCCUACACAACAAGUUUGUGUAGAAAGCUGUCCCACACAGACUUUUAUCUGGGAUAGAAUGAAGAAUAAUCUGCCACUUGCUGAAUUAAGGAAGCGUUUGAUAUGUCUGAGUGACGUAGACAAAGACAACCUUCGAACCUUAGACAACAUGCAAGCAGCCAUUGACCAAGAACGAUGUGCGCGUGGAUAUAUGAAGAGUGCACCAUUUUUGAAUCGUUGUAUGUGGGAGCUUUCUCCUGAGUUGUGUGAACUAAUACCCUCCUUCCUCCUGCCUCGUAAUAGACGCGAGGUAAAUGGGUCACAAAAUGCUAGUUGGGUGGUUGGUGAAACAGGAAAACUUCUCGAUACAUUGGUGGAUGAUAACUCAAAUUUGAUGGAAAUGAGAUUGGAAGCGCUCGCCUUGACGACAAUACCUGAAUCUAGUGAUAAAUCGAAGCAACAGCUCGCUGAAGAACCCAUGAUACAAUGCCGCCGUCGUACCGAGCAAGCCGAAACUAUCAAGCAAAAAGUACGUCAAGCUGACACGCGCCUUGCUAAGUUGGUAGGUAAUAUGGUUGCACACUUCUACAAUGGAACACAUGAUGCACAGCAGCUUGGGGAAGAGAUAGUGGAAGAUAUUAUGAACUCAUGGUUAAUUGUGCUGAUGGCUUUAAUGUGCACUUUGGUUGCUUCUUUGAUUCUAAUCGCCUUGAUGCGAUGGUUCGCUGCCCCGAUUCUGUGGUUAUCUGUUCUUGGUGUUUUGGUCGGACUUGGAUUGGGAAUUUAUUACAGCGUUAAGCAGUAUCGUUUUUGGCGCGAAACCGCAUCUGUACCCAACCAUUCGAUUAACUUGGAGGCAGCGGUAAAGAAUAUAUUUCAAGACGCUAACACUUGGCUGUAUUUAAGCAUAUUUUUAAGCAUCAGUUUUGUAAUUAUUCUACUCCUGGUAAUUAUUCUACGUACCCGCAUCAAUAUAGCAAUUGCGUUGACAAAGGAAGGUAGUAAAGCGGUGUCAAGCAUUAUAUCAACUGUUUUUUUCCCAAUCUUUUCGUGGAUUCUUUUUAUUUUGGCUGUUAGUUUUGCGGUUGCAGUUGGUCUUUAUCUAGGCACAAUUGGUAACCCAUCUUUCCGUAUGAUACGUCAAUUGGACCCUAACAGCGUGACAGGUGUUUCAAGUGAGAUUUGUGAAUGUAUAGGUCCGGCAAGCGAAUAUAAAGUAGGGGGACAUUGUGACCCUAAAAUUUUUGAACAGAAUUGCUUCACUAAUAUCGAUCAGCACAUCCCUUGUAGACAAACCACUUGUAGCUUCGCUGAAAUUGAGCAUCCGCCGUUUGUGACAUGGUCCAUAUGCUAUAAUGUGUUCGGUUUCUUUUGGUUGACAUUCUUCAUUGCGGCCUUUAGUGAUAUGGUGUUGGCUCUUACUUUCGCAACUUGGUACUGGACCUUCAGGAAGCGGGAGGUGCCCUUCUUUACACUAGGACGAGCUUUCCGUCAAACCAUCUUCUAUCAUCUCGGCACUUUGGCGUUUGGCUCGUUAAUUCUUGCCGUGUGUCGCAUGAUACGCGUGGCUUUGGAAUAUAUCGAUUCUAAACUGAAGAAGUACGACAAUUCAGUCACACGAGCCAUACUGUGCUGCAUGAAAUGCUUUUUUUGGUUACUUGAAACUUUCUUACGCUUUCUGAACCGCAACGCGUACAUCAUGUGUGCUAUACACGGCAAGAAUUUUUGUGCCAGCGCCAAAGAUGCUUUCAAUUUGAUUAUGCGUAACUUUUUGCGAGUAAUUGCCGUUGAUAAAGUCACUGAUUUCUUGUUCUUUUUAUCGAAAGUAUUAUUAACGGCUGCUGCUGGCGUUGGUACCUACUUCUUUGUGGUACGUAGUCCACAUUUAAUACAACUGCACUAUAAUGCGGUGCCAGUAACGAUUGUUGUGUUAGCGGCUUUUAUUAUGACAACCGUCUUUUUUGGCGUCUACUCUAUGGCGGUGGAUACGCUCUUCCUGUGCUUUCUGGAGGACUGUGAACGCAAUGACGGCUCGGCAGAAAAGCCUUUCUAUAUGUCGAAACAGUUAAGGCGAAUAUUAGGCAAAAGAAACCAGUUACCACGUCCAAUGAGUAGUAGUUAAGAAACAACCUUUACAAUAGGAGUGCACAAAGGAGCUGGAAGUUGACCAACCAUAUUAUUGGUUAGUGGGCAAAUCUAUAGCGUAGACAUUUUAUGAAAAUUAUAUACAUAUAUUUUUAUAAAUGUACCGGCUUUGUUAAUAUUCGUGUGAGUGAACAUUAAAGUUGGAAAGUUUUUGAAAAACUGGAAAAAGGUUGUGUGAAUACCAAUGGCAAUAUAAUCUAAUUACGUAAAUAUAUACAUAUGUAUACAUACUCAAAAGAAUUUGUUAAGAAAAAUGCAAUAUGAAAUAUAAUGUUGUGCAUUAAGUAUAUACAUAUAUAGACACAUACACAUACAUAAAUAGUUUCGAUAUGUACCAUUAUUCAUACUUAUAAUAAUAAGCUAAGAAAAAAAUGCAAUAUGAAAUGUUAAGUAUAUACAUUAAAUAUAUACCUUAUAUUUACCGGGUACACCUACAUAAUAACGUUACAAAUAGUUACAAACAAAAAUAUUUUCUUUUAUAAUAUUAUAAGAAAAAAGACAGAAUGAAAAAACAGUAAUGAGUAAGUUUUUAAAUUAACGUGGUAGUCUUACCUACCAUCGUUCCUGGGUGCUUGUUUCAAGUGAUUUUUUUAUGCGAUUUUGCUCAUAGUGAUUUAUUGAAAAUAUAUACAUUUACAAUCCAUCAAUGUAUGCCAAAAUAUUUAUUAAAGCGAACUUAUUGUUACAUAUAAGAUUAAACAUUUACAAAUCACCUUAUUUAUAUUAUAUUUAUUAUGAAAGUAAAUAAAUGAUACAUUUCUACACAUACAUACAUAUGUACUUAUGUAUAUAAAAGGAUGUGGUAGAGGCAAAGUUUGAUUUAUUUUGUUCAUAUUGUUGAAUACGUGCCGGAGAUUAUUAAACGCAUUAACCUUGGAAAUUAUUUAAAAGAAAUUAAAACGUUGCAUGCAAUCGCAUUUCUCAAAAAUUUUUGCUCAACAAUUUCAAAUGAAUAUACUGAAAUCACUAUUUACAUACUUAGUGACUAGACUGAGUAGAGAGUGUAAACUAAAGAAGUCUGAAAAUUUUGCUUAUUACAGGUUAAAUAAGUAAUUAACACACGUGUACAUGAAUAAUCAUAUAAUUUUUAACGUAUUCACUUUAUGUACUAAUUUCGCACAAGAUAUUUAGUAUGCUCUGAAUUCAUAACAAAUAAACCAGAAGAAAAUGAUA